AUGGCAAAGAACAGCAAACCCAAGAAGCUCGCUUCCAAUCCAGUCUUGGAAAACAAACUCUAUGAUGUGAUCCAGAAGUUGUUGGAGCAAAAGUCGGAAGACAAGCAGUUUUAUCUGAAAAAGACUGACGAAGAAGCUAAUAGCGAUCCGUUGGCCAACAUUUUCCUUGCAAAGGACUUGAGACCGUCUGAGGUGUUGAUUUUUGCACAGCAGAAAGAUGUUUCGCUUCUCAGGGUCAAGAAAAUCCUCUUGGAAAAGACCAUUGACAAGGUGUUGGAGUUGGUCAGAGAGGAGGAGCAGGAGGAGAUGGGCAGUUUGGGAAUCACCUUGGACGACAGCGAUUUUGACGGAGUCAAUGAGGAUGAGUUGAUGGAGGUAAAGCCUACCAACGCCUUUAACAAGUCUGUGGUGAGUUUGUGGAACAUCAGCCCUGCUGCCACCAAGGAAAAUACCCCAGACGAGCCUAACGAUGAGCCCAAGGACGAAAAGAAGGAAGUGGACGAAAAGAAGGAAGAGGAAGAAACUGACAAAGCCAAUAAGAAGAGGAGCAAGGACAGCACCAAGCCAGCCAAACGACAAAAAGCAUCCAAAGAUCGUACACCGCCAGCAUCCAAUCUCGCCACCCUCGGGGGAAUGGAUGACAUUAUCCAGCAGUUGACUGAGUUGGUAUCUCUCCCAAUGCUCCACCCGGAAAUCUACCUCACCACGGGAAUUUCUCCGCCACGCGGGAUUCUCUUGCACGGGCCUCCCGGCUGCGGUAAGACCACACUUGCCAACGCUUUGGCAGGGGAGUUGCAGGUGCCGUUCCUCAACGUGUCUGCGCCGUCAAUCGUGAGCGGCAUGUCCGGUGAGUCCGAGAAGAAGGUGAGAGAGUUGUUUGAGGAGGCAAAGACACUUGCCCCGUGCUUGGUGUUCUUGGACGAAAUCGAUGCCAUCACGCCAAAGAGAGACGGGGCCCAGAGGGAGAUGGAGAGAAGAAUUGUCGCGCAGUUGUUGACCGCCAUGGACGAGCUAUCCUUGGACAAGACGGGCGGAAAGCCAGUGAUUAUCAUUGGGGCUACCAACAGACCGGAUUCCCUUGACCCAGCGUUGCGAAGGGCCGGCAGAUUUGACCGCGAGAUCUGUCUCAACGUGCCAGAUGAGAACUCGCGUGCGAGAAUUUUGCAGACCAUGGUGCAGAACAUGAAGAUCAGCGGUGACUUGGACUUUGCCGACUUGGCCAAGAGAACCCCGGGCUACGUGGGUGCUGAUUUGAAGGCUCUUACCUCUGCCGCGGGGAUUGCGGGGAUUAAGCGUAUUUUCAACACGCUUUCUGAGGACUUGGACAGGAUGGAUAUUGACCCAGCUCAAUUGUCCGAGUUGUUGAUCAACGAUACGUCAGACAUUCAGAGAAUCGAACAGAACAAUAUGGAAGCCGAGACCAUUGCUAUUGACGAGGUUGAACAAAAGAUCCCCGACGACAUCCAAAAGAUGGCCCCUGAAGAAAAAGAGGCGUAUGAAAAGCUAUCAACCAUCCAAAAGUUCUUGAAGAAGCACCCGCUUCCGUUGACACCAGCGCAGUUGGAGCCGCUUUGCAUCACCUUCGAGGACUUUUUGACAGCUUUGCCGUCCAUCCAGCCGACUGCUAAGAGAGAGGGCUUUGCGACGGUGCCAGACGUGACGUGGCAGAACAUUGGCGCCUUGUCUAAGAUCCGGGUGGAGAUGCACAUGGCGAUUGUUCAGCCGGUAAAGCACCCAAAGCUCUACUCGCAGGUCGGGAUUACCGCCCCGUCGGGGGUUUUGUUGUGGGGUCCACCGGGCUGCGGUAAAACGUUGCUCGCCAAGGCUGUGGCGAAUGAGUCGAAAGCCAACUUCAUCUCUGUCAAGGGUCCUGAGUUGCUCAACAAGUACGUGGGUGAGUCCGAGAAGGCUGUAAGACAGGUGUUUUCGCGGGCCAGAGCCUCCAUGCCGUGUAUCAUCUUCUUCGACGAGUUGGAUGCGUUGGUGCCGAGACGUGACUCGUCCUUGUCUGAGUCCUCCUCCAGGGUUGUCAACACAUUGUUGACCGAGUUGGACGGUUUGAACGACCGCCAAGGUGUCUUUGUUAUCGGUGCCACUAACCGCCCGGACAUGAUUGACUCUGCGAUGUUGAGACCGGGCCGUUUGGACAAGUCGUUGUUCGUGGAGUUACCUACCGCCGACGAGAGGUUCGAGAUAUUGAAGACGGUUGUCAGAACCAAUGGCACCCCGGUGGAUGAGUCUGUGGAUUUGAGAGUAGUUGCGCACGACGAAAAGUGCCGCAACUUCUCCGGUGCUGAUUUGUCUUCGUUAGUGAGAGAAGCCGGUGUGGUUGCCUUGAAGAAACGUUUCUUUGUGAAUAUCCACACGGGAGACGAAAGCACCGGGAUUCCCGAUGGGGAUAUUGAGGAUGUUGAGCAUAUGACGGUGACCGGGGAUGAUUUCUUCCAGGCGUUGAAGAGCAUCAAGCCGUCGGUGAGUGACAGAGAGAGGGCAAAGUAUGAGAAGUUGAGUAAGCGAAUGGGCUGGGCUGAUAAGGAGGAAGAGACGGAGGGGAGUUCUGAGGCGGUUAUUUAG